CUAUAGUUUACGGGCUGAAGUCAAAUCACUUAAUUGACUCAGAACACCGCCGGAUUUAUGUAACAAGAAGACAUCUAAUUGAUGCUGCAUCACAGUCAACAAUGUUAAUGAUUUACUACAGUUAUAAAUGUUCGUUAGGUAGGGCGAUUCUCUGUUUACCGUGACCCAUCACAGUUGUUGUAAAUAACAGCAUGGAUAGUAAAACGACAACAAACAGUUUACCGGAAGUUUUAUUUGAUGGAAUGACCAUCCCACCAUUCCCACCUUUGAGGGUCAGUGUCAGGCAGAGAUUUGAAGACAUCCGGGGACUUUGCACCCGUCCUGAUGACGUCAUUAUAACCACCUAUCUAAAGUCUGGUUCGCAUUGGGUCUGGGAAAUCAUCUGUAUGCUUUUGCAAGGGGCAACAUCUUUCGUCAAAGAGGGGAAAGGGUCCCAGUUCCUGGAGGCUUUAGAUGACCUUAACCUCAUCAAUAAGAUGACGUCACCGAGAACUCUUAAUACACACCUUCCAUACAGGUGGCUUCCGCGUAAACAUUUGGAAAACGACGGGAAAAUUGUUCAUGUUGUGCGUAAUCCAAAAGAUGUGGCAGUGUCUAUGUUUUUCCAUUUUAAAGAGACUGGGGACUUCAUCGGCAGCGAAAAACUAGAUUUGGACGACCGUGUCAAUGGCAUGCUGUCUGAUGCACCAAACCAGCCAUAUGGUGGAUGGUUUACAUAUGAGAAGGAUUUCAUAAAGCAUUCUAAAGCAAACAUUCACUUUGUACACUUCGAACGACUAAAGAGGUAUCCGCUGGAAGAAAUCAAACGUCUUGCUGACUUUCUCAGAGUAAGUUAUUCCGACCAACUGAUUUUUCACAUCGCUGAGAAAUGCAACUUCACCAGCCUUAAAGAAGCAGACGACACAACCAAAGUUACGACCAGAAAAAACGUUCAUGGACCAAAUCCUAAAUCUCUUUUCCUUGACGAAAAGCCCUUUACCGUUGAAUGCAUCGAUAAAGGGCAUAUGUCUUCAACUGGGGGUAUGACUGAUGGUAAGGCCUUAAAGGAAGUGGUAUUUGAUGGUAUGUCCCUGCCACCAUUUAAACCACUACGUGAGGGGGUGGAGGCUCGACUAAAUGCCAUCAAACACCUGGAAACAAGGCCCACCGACAUUCUUCUGGCCAUCUAUCCCAAGUCAGGCACUCACUGGGUUUGGGAAAUAGUGUGGAUGCUCCUUAAUGGCCGAGCUGAAUAUAUAAAGGAAGGCAAAGAGUCCCUCUUCCUGGAAGCUAUGGAUGAUAUCGGUACCAUUAAAUCUAUGGACUCACCGAGGGUGCUAAACACAAAUUUACCCUUCCGAUGGUUGCCACAGAAGCACGUGGAAAGCAAUGGCAAAAUCAUCCAUGUCAUUCGGAACCCUAAGGAUAUAUGUGUAUCUCUGUACUAUCACUUUAUAGGCAGUGGAUUGUUCAUGCAUAGUGAUGGCGUGCAGUUUGCCGACUGCUUUGAGGGACUAUUUUCCAAGGAAAGAAAACCUCCAUAUGGAGGCUGGUUUUCGUACGAGAAAGAUUUUGAGGAAGCAGUUUCUAAUAAUUACAACAUUCACGUGUUAUAUUUUGAAAACUUGAAAAGGAAUCCCAUGGUGGAAAUUAAAAGACUAGCUGAAUAUUUACAAGUGCCACAGUCGACAAAACUUCUACAUGAAAUAUCAGAUAGCUGUUCAUUUAAUAAACUGAAAAGGGCCGACGACACUUUGAAAGAAAAGAGUAAAUACAAGAAAAUAGUGGUUGGUGCUAAUCCCAAGUUUGAAGGCGAUGUGGAUAAAGUCCAGUACAAUUCUUUCUUCAGAAAAGGAGAAAUAGGAGACUGGAAGAACCACUUUACAGUUACACAAAAUGAACGUUUUGAUGAACUGUACAGAAAGCAGAUGGUAGAUUCCAAACUAACAGUAUAUUAUGAAUAAUCCAAGAUACGCUGUUCAGCGAGGAACUAUUGUACAGAGGUAUACAAGCAUCUCGUUUUUAUUGCAGACAUUGCUAGACAAUUGUACAUAUACGACUGCUGACCAAAUACUUCGUGGACAAUCGAGUUUUUUGUCAUUUUAAACAUAUUUAUAUAUACAUGUACAUCAUGUAUACCAUUGGCGGAUCCAGAGGGGGGGGGGGGUUC